UCCGGACGGGGCACGUGUGGCUGUGUGAUAAUUCAGAGUAAGCUUACCAUUUACCUCCCGAUCCCGACGUUCUCCGCGCUCAAUGACGAGUCGUAUCCAGCCCUGGCCGAGAACAGGGAGUCUCACGACUCCCAGUUUUGCUGCCUAUAAAAUUAAUAUCGUCAUCUGCCUCGAAUCAAAUUUCAUUUCAAAGGCCUAGCCGUUAGCGCCUGUUGCCUGUUGCCUGUACUAGCUGUAGAGUUGAAAUAUUACGUUUUGAAGUACUAUUACCUAAGUAAUUUGAGGCUUGCCGGAGUGAGGCCCUCGAGGAGAGCUGAGGGCAAAAGCCAGAAAAGGAGACAGACUGGAUAAAGAGCCCGGCAUACUGAGAGGCCGGGGAUGGCCUUGACCAUGAAUGUGAAGCUACAUCAUGUACGCCAUGUAGAUCUACUACUACUAGUUUCAAUGACGGCGUUCACACUGCUCAGCCGCGCGCAUGGUUACGUAUUGUGCCCGACACCAGUCAAAUCAGCACACGGCGGCUACAAUGUCACUGUUCCGCCAAACCAGCCCAUCUUCUCCAACGGCACUAACCUGUACUAUUUCUGCGACGCUCACUAUGAAUUUGCCGGCGGGUUUACUGUGUCGCCUGUCACUUGUAGUGACACGGGCGUGUGGAAGCUGUACGGAAUGAAUACGAACUGCAUUGCCGAAAACUGCAGAAAACCUAUAAUCAGUAAGGGCUCAGGAGUAACAGUGGUCGGAACGAACUAUUCCCAGGGUGCCAUGAUCCGGUAUGAAUGCAAGACUGGCUGGAGUACUCUUGAGCCAACUGCCAUCUGCCUUGGACCGGACUGGUCGAACAAGUACAACCCCUGGUGUAGAGUGGAGACAUGCUUAGAUCUGACGUUUGGCCAAAACUCUAGCACCGUUCCGUACGGCAGGCUGAAAGUCACAAACCUUGGCCAAUACGAUCCACUCAGCCCGGACCUGAGCUGGCGUGUUCAACAAUACCAAGCGCAGUUCCGAUAUUCGUGCGACGCGGGCACCAAGCUCCUUGGCACGGCCGUUAGGACCUGCAACGCCACUGGCAUGUGGAGUGGCAACCGACCGUUUUGCUUUGUGCAGGAUCAUCAGUGCUACGCCAACACGAAAUGUGCUGACGGCAAGGUCUGUUGCGAGUGGGGCGGUAUAGGCGCCGUGGGGCUCAACUGCUGCAAACCAACAACAAAGUUGUUCAUUGGCGAGCGCUUCUCCAACCUGUCAAGGCCGUGUUUCAAAGACCUGGAGGACGACUAUUUUCCAUGCAUGACGCAGAUCAUCAAGUGCAUCGACGACGAUGACGACCAGGAUAGGUGCCUGACCGAGUGGGUGCUGCCCGACUACCUGUACGGCUGCAGUUCCAACCUUGGAGACAAGGUGCCGCAGUACCGGGGCAGCAGCACUUCUGAUCAGGACCUGGUGGAGUUCUGCAAACGUGAUCAACGAACGGUAGCCUGCACUGAGCUGCAGACUACAUACGACUCGUACACUGUGAAUGCAGUAGCACUCCGUGCCCGUACGUGCUUGCCACGCACCUGUGCCAGUGACCCUGCCGCCGACCUGCGUGCACUGGCCGAGUCCACGCUGAAGCUGCGGUGCCACGUCCAGAAGAGAACCUCCUACUACUGCACCAUCUACAGCGUGACGCUGAACUGCUCGAAUGGCCUGCAAGCUACCGCUCGCCAAGAAGAUGGUGCCUGUGCGCAGUGUCCGCCACCAGGUGGUGAUCCCAAACUCACGAAGUGCUGCACUUACAAUGGCAAGAGAAUCGGCUGCUGUCUGCCAAAGGUACAGACCAUUCUAUCAGAGCAAGCCGAGCCCAUAGACUCACCAGCAUGCCGCAACAGUGUGCUCGCUGCAAUGACGCCCUGUGUGCGCCUGAUAGCCGAUUGCCUGAACAGCUUGGCAGGCACAACGGGGGACUACAUAUGCCCCAGCUAUCAUAACUGUAAUUCCAACAGGCAGACGGCUAGUCAAUGCUCGACUUACUACGCUGGCUCCAAGAACUCACUGUGGUGUCAGACUUCGUGCGAGUUCCCUGGCGAUCCGGCACGGUCCUGCCAGUCGGACAACUUCUGCCUGGAGCAGACGUGCAACACGACCACCGACCUCGAGCAGCUCGCCUAUUCCGAUGCCCGGCUGAUCUGUGAUUACACCAAGCUUGCCAACAACGUGGAGAACUGCGACCGUGUCAAAGUGACAUGGUUCUGUAGCCAUGGUAGCGACCAGAGUGGAGGGCCAGGCAGGACGGUGACUGCCGAAUACAAAGAUCCGAGUAACAGCACUAUAUCUAUCCUGCCUACAAAACCGCCUCAACAUUCUCACACCGUUGGGCUGGCAGUUGGUCUCUCGGUUGGAAUCGUUGUCUUCCUUCUGGUCAUUGUUGCCAUUGGAUUCUUCGUCAUCCGUCCACGGCUCAAGGCCAAUCCUUGGCGUAACCUAGAGGGACCCGACAGCACACUCGUCUACAAGGAUGAAGACUGCUAAGCACUAGUUGAAGAGGAAGAGAGUUUGCCAGGGGGAUCACUUCCCCUCCCCCCCCCCCCCCCCCUCUCUCUCUCUCUCCCUCUCUCAAUACUGCUGUGCCACUUCUGUCCAAAAUUGCCAAUCUGGUUUAAAGACCAUCAUUAUCAUAGAAGGACUAUAGCUACUGUUCCAUGCUUGAUUUCAGACAACGAUUCCAUCAAUUUCGACUACAUAGAAAAUCUAGAAGCAUAAUGUCAAUGAACGUUAAGCCAACACACCGUAAUUGACCAUUAGCAAGAACGUUCAAGUUCCUAUGAAGAGCCAAAUUAGAAUUUAGUUUUUGUGAAGGAAUAAUUUGAUCCUACUGGGUAACUACUGGGUGAAGUUGGCUUAUUCUCAACGUCGUGUAGGCGCUCAACACCAUGUUCACGCCUCUGCGCCCGCAUAGGUCUACUUAAUUAAGUUCAUCUGCCGUAAUGGACAGCAAGCAUUCUGUGGAAGUGCGCUCUUCUAGAGCAGACAUAGUUACACUUGAUCUUAGCCCCUUCUUGAACUACCCAUAGUGUACUUCGUUAUUAUCCUCCCCGUCUUGUGAUGGGAACAACUAGCAGUUUGAUUUUUUUUUAAAUGGCAGUAAAUACACGCUUGCCCACACAGCGCUCUCUAAUUUGAAAUCUUCUGGUAAAGAGUGUUCUAACCACCA